AUGACUACACUAGUAUUUGGUACUGGUGUUGGAACCUUCAUUCUCCUGGCGGUUUGGUCAGCUGCAUUGCUUCUGUGUUUCAUCUCUUUAAGGACAAAUCGCAACGUUGGUCCGGUGGCCGUCCUUGCUGCUGUACUGGUAAUGGUAGUUCUUCUUCUGAUUCCCAGAGGACCGGAGGCACCAAUAUCUACUGAGCACAAGAUAUACGACAACCUCUUCAUUUGGCGAGUACUUCUAGCAGGUUUCCUGGGACUUUCUACCUUUGCGAGUGUUGUAGCAUUCAUCACACUGGUGCUUAUGGAACCAAAGCAAGGACAGAGGAUCAAGAGUUUGGAAUUGUAA